AUGUAUAUUUUUAACGAAAAAAAUAAUUAUCAAAUAUAGGUGACAUAAGACAAUACGCCAUCAAUUGAGAAUAGAACACAAUAGGAUUUGAUAUCGAGUGUCAGAAGAUAAGGCACUCCUAGAUAAUCGAAAGUUAGAUUCGUCAAGGAUCCUUUAGAAAAUGAAUGCCAUUUUGAGUAACCAAAUCCGUUUCUAUUCAAUGAAUAAUUGAAACAUAGCUUUAGAUUAUUUGGAAUAGAAAACUGCCUUGAACUUAGUUAACGAGUGUAAUCAUGUAAUUGGUCAGACUCAUAAAAUAGAUCAAUUUAAACUAUUUCAAAAUGGAAAUCGAUUUCGAACUUAGUUGAAAUAAAGAUCAUCAAUCAGAAUGUUUAUGUUGUAGUAAAAUUAUUUGCUGAUGAUCUCUUAUAAUGUAAGAUCAAAGUAUAAGAAAGAUAUAAUAAAAUUAAAUAAUUAAUUUAAUAAAAAAUGAAAUCAAAGAACAAAAAUGAUUCUUUAAGAGAUGUUUAAAUGUUUAAACAUUUAUUUGAUACACUUCAACCAAUCAUUGACUAAAUAUCAUUUAAUUGUAUUGUUCAUGUGAAAAGAAUAUGA